AUUACAUUUUUCUCAAUAAAAAAACUGAUUAGCACAGGCAAGAUGUCGUCCUCCUCCUCCACCGACGUGGUGCUCAAGAACCCUCCGUGCUUCCGCACUGGUCUCAUGUGGGGCAUUGCCGUGGCCAGUGUCAUCGGUGCGCACCGUUUCCGUACCUGCAGACGCAUCCGUUCGUCCUGCGACUGGGCCAUAGGCGCGUUCGGAGUCGUCGGCGGUGGCACCUGGUUAUUCUGCACUACUGCGUACCGUCUCCGAGCACGUCAAACUCGGGAAUUCAUGGAGGUCAUGAACAAUCCGGAGCGCAAAGCCGAGGCCGAACAGUUCCUGCGCUCUCGAGUGGAGACUCGAUCAUCAGACCAAGAGCAGCAGUAGAACGCCGGUACAUCAAUAGAAAGGAUUGUGCUGCGAGUUGUUAAUAUUUGGUGUCAACCAUCCGCUACAAUCGGGUUAAAUAUCGGAUUGGGUGCUCUUGCUGGCCGUGCGUGACUACCCCCUUAUCGGUAGCAUUCCCUGGUCACUUCGCUCAAUAUUUUAGUUAUGAUAUCGGCGAAGAGAGAUGCGAGAACAGCGAGCGAAUCUCUACUGAAUGACGCAGUUUUCCUUGUUGCGUCGGCCAGCCAGCGUCUUCUCCCGGUCCAUCAAUAUUUUUUGUGUGAGAGUGGCUGCAGAGAAUUUCAUAAAGUUAGAAAAAAAAACUCUAAUGGGCCUGAACAUCA